AGUGCAUUCUAUUUUCUAUUUUUUGGAUUUUGUUGUGUCUGUUGGACGUUUCUGUCGGUAACAUGGAGUUGGUACUGUCUCUUAUGCGUCGGAACACCGUGCUACAUUCAUAAAUCAACAGAUACGUAUACCUAUGGGGACGGUAUUAAGUAUGGCAGAAUUCUGUCGUCUCUUAGGAUCAACAGUGGCGACGACGCGGUACGAGCAUACAUAUCCUUUAGAAAAUCAGGAGGAAGUAAAGCGAUUCAGCAACCAGCAUCAAGUUAUUAAAGAUGCCAUGGGGCUCGCGAAAUUUGCGAAGACUCUACCUCCUAAUAAAACAAAACUCUACACUGGGUUCCGAUUUAGAAGGGGAGCUUAUGAAGGUAGGAGCAGUGUAUCCGUUGCGGAUUGUGUGGUUGUCUAAGUUUAUGUAAUUUAGACAUUGUUGAGGUGAAAUCAGGGAGUUGUUUUCAGGCGUAGGUAUUGCCCAAGGGCAACGAUACGAUGAUCUCGUC